CUUGAUCUUUUAGUCCAUAUAUGGAAAUAAGUGCAGUACUGAGUGUACCUAUGACCAUAUAUGGAAGAAGAGCAAACAGGAAGUCGUUGCUAAACAUACUGUACAGUGCUUUUUGCACAUUUUACCGGAUAGAUGGUUCAUUUGGAUGCGUUUGUAAUCUUCUAACCGACUUACUAAACAACAUGACAGAAAUCCUAAAAGAACUUUCCGGAACAAUGACGGACUGACCGUUUGUUCUCCACGUCCUUAGAGAUACAGCAGAAUAAACAGCGUCUCUGAGGACUUCCAGAUGCUGCAACAGAAGCUGAAUCAGAUCAUAAUGGCUCAUCAGAUCAACCCCACCAGCAACGGCAUGUUCACCAGAGGACAGGUCACGAACGGUUCUCAAGGGACCGAUCAGCAGCUCUCAGCUGGUACACAGCAGACACGGGUCUCUCGCCGGGACACCAAACCGAAGACACUGAACACACCUGAAGACUCAAUGUACUACAACCUCCUCAACCAAUCUCUCCAGGAUGACAAGAAGAGGACGAGGAAGCAGAGCCCUAAGAAGCUGUUGGACCCUCAUGAUGAGUAUUACCAGAAUCUGAACAGCACAAACAGUACACCUAUAAGCACAGAGACACCAGAGACAACGGAGACACCAGAGGCAACGGAGACAACGAAGACACCAGGGACAACGGAGACACCGGAGACACCAGGGACAACGGAGACACCGGAGACACUGGAAUCCGAGAUCCUUGCAUCUGACACGCCCGGAUCUCCAACCCAGGACGGAACGCUGUCUGUGGAAAACGAGGACAACCCUUACGACUACAGGAAGCUGUUGAGGAAGACCUCUAUGAGAGGAAGGCUUAUCGAACAAAGCUAGACUUUGUUGUGUUCUGGGCUGAUGAUUUUUUUUUAUGUAAAUACAAAUGAUACAGAUGUUUGUAAGGCUUGUUGAGCCAUUCUGGAUAUAUAUAUUUAUACAUUUUUAUAUCUAUAUUUAUUACAGGACACUUAAAUACAGAGAACGGCGUAAAACAGCUAACGAGAAAUAAAUGCUAAUGGAAAUGAACUAG